CAUCUCAUCAUAUUCUAUCUACAUAGCGAAUCAACUAAAUUGUUAGUCGAAAGCCAAAAUGAAUAAACUUUUUAUUUUUCUCAGUUUAACUGUGGUUGCUUUAACUGCAACACAAUAUGCCGACGCUUGGCCAACGAUGCCAACAAUGGCGAUAAAAAUGGGUCUUCCUGGGUCUAAAAGUCAUUCAACAUCUAACUCCGCAGCUAAUACUGUUCAACAACCAACUCCAUCAUCCGAAUCAAUUUCGAAAGCUAAGACAGAAAGCUUUACCAAGUCAGAAUCGAAUACCAAUUCUGAGCAAACUACAAAGGAGAAGUACGCUGGAUCAAACACAAACAGUGACUCUGUAAGCAACGCCUCCAAUGAAAAUGCGGAUCAAAUUAUGACAAACGAUUACUCUGAUGAUGAUGAAAGCGGUUCGUCUGACUCCGAUUCAUCAGCAUCAUCAUCUGGAUCAGGUUCAUCAUCAGGUGCUGCUUCAGGUUCAUCUGGAACAUCAUCUACUACUACUAGUACUACUACAUCAGGAUCAACUGCCACCGGUAAUACUGCAUCAACAUCAGGAACUGGUUCAUCAUCUGGCUCAGCUUCAUCUGGCUCAGGAGCAUCAUCUACUGCUGCUGCUUCAGGUUCAGGAUCAUCAGCCGCUUCAGGUUCAGGAUCAGGUUCAGGUUCAUCUACUGCUACUGGCUCCGGUUCAUCAGGAUCAUCAGCUGCUUCAGGAAACAGUUCUGGUUCAUCAUCAGGAGCUGGUUCAUCAUCUGGUUCAGGAUCAUCAUCAGGUGCUGCUGCUGCUUCAGGUUUAGGUUCAGGUUCAGGUUCAGGUUCAGGUUCAGGUUCAGGUUCAUCUGGCUCAUCAUCUACUACUACUAGUACUACUACAUCAGGAUCAACUGCCACCGGUAAUACUGCAUCAACAUCAGGAACUGGUUCAUCAUCUGGCUCAGCUUCAUCUGGCUCAGGAGCAUCAUCUACUGCUGCUGCUUCAGGUUCAGGAUCAUCAGCCGCUUCAGGUUCAGGAUCAUCAGCCGCUUCAGGUUCAGGUUCAGGUUCAGGUUCAUCUGGCUCAUCAUCUACUACUACUAGUACUACUACAUCAGGAUCAUCAGCCGCCGGUAAUACUGCAUCAACAUCAGGAACUGGUUCAUCAUCUGGCUCAGCUUCAUCUGGCUCAGGAGCAUCAUCUACUGCUGCUGCUUCAGGUUCAGGAUCAUCAGCCGCUUCAGGUUCAGGAUCAUCAGCCGCUUCAGGUUCAGGUUCAUCUACUGCUACUGGCUCCGGUUCAUCAGGAUCAUCAGCCGCUUCAGGAAACAGUUCUGGUUCAUCAUCAGGAGCUGGUUCAUCAUCUGGUUCAGGAUCAUCUGGCUCAUCAUCUACUACUACUAGUACUACUACAUCAGGAUCAACUGCCACCGGUAAUACUGCAUCAACAUCAGGAACUGGUUCAUCAUCUGGCUCAGGAGCAUCAUCUACUGCUGCUGCUUCAGGUUCAGGAUCAUCAGCCGCUUCAGAUUCAGGUUCAUCUACUGCUACUGGCUCCGGUUCAUCAGGAUCAUCAGCCGCUUCAGGAAACAGUUCUGGUUCAUCAUCAGGAGCUGGUUCAUCAUCUGGUUCAGGAUCAUCUGGCUCAUCAUCUACUACUACUAGUACUACUACAUCAGGAUCAACUGCCACCGGUAAUACUGCAUCAACAUCAGGAACUGGUUCAUCAUCUGGCUCAGGAGCAUCAUCUGCUGCUGCUUCAGGUUCAGGAUCAUCAGCCUUCAGAUUCAGGUUCAUCUACUGCUACUGGCUCCGGUUCAUCAGGAUCAUCAGAUCAUCAUCAGGUGCUGCUGCGGCUUCAGGUUCAGGAUCAGGUUCAGGUUCAUCUGGCUCAUCAUCUACUACUAGUACUACUACAUCAGGAUCAACUGCCACCCGUAAUACUGCAUCAACAUCAGGAACUGGUUCAUCAUCUGGCUCAGCUUCAUCUGGCUCAGGAGCAUCAUCUACUGCUGCUGCUUCAGGUUCAGGAUCAUCAGCCGCUUCAGGUUCAGGUUCAUCUACUGCUACUGGCUCCGGUUCAUCAGGAUCAUCAGCCGCUUCAGGAAACAGUUCUGGUUCAUCAUCAGGAGCUGGUUCAUCAUCUGGUUCAGGAUCAUCUGGCUCAUCAUCUACUACUACUAGUACUACUACAUCAGGAUCAACUGCCACCGGUAAUACUGCAUCAACAUCAGGAACUGGUUCAUCAUCUGGCUCAGGAGCAUCAUCUGCUGCUGCUUCAGGUUCAGGAUCAUCAGCCGCUUCAGGGUCAGGAUCAGGAUCAGGAUCAGGUUCAGGUUCAGGUUCAUCUACUGCUACUGGCUCCGGUUCAUCAGGAUCAUCAGCCGCUUCAGGAAACAGUUCUGGUUCAUCAUCAGGAGCUGGUUCAUCAUCUGGUUCAGGAUCAUCUGGCUCAUCAUCUACUACUACUAGUACUACUACAUCAGGAUCAACUGCCACCGGUACUGCAUCAACAUCAGGAACUGGUUCAUCAUCUGGCUCAGGAGCAUCAUCUACUGCUGCUGCUUCAGGUUCAGGAUCAUCAGCCGUUCAUCUGGCUCAUCAUACUACUAGUACUACUACAUCAGGAUCAACUGCCACCCGUAAUACUGCAUCAACAUCAGGAACUGGUUCAUCAUCUGGCUCAGCUUCAUCUGGCUCAGGAGCAUCAUCUACUGCUGCUGCUUCAGGUUCAGGAUCAUCAGCCGCUUCAGGUUCAGGAUCAGGUUCAGGUUCAUCUGGCUCAUCAUCUACUACUAGUACUACUACAUCAGGAUCAACUGCCACCCGUAAUACUGCAUCAACAUCAGGAACUGGUUCAUCAUCUGGCUCAGCUUCAUCUGGCUCAGGAGCAUCAUCUACUGCUGCUGCUUCAGGUUCAGGAUCAUCAGCCGCUUCAGGUUCAGGAUCAUCAGCCGCUUCAGGUUCAGGUUCAUCUACUGCUACUGGCUCCGGUUCAUCAGGAUCAUCAGCCGCUUCAGGAAACAGUUCUGGUUCAUCAUCAGGAGCUGGUUCAUCAUCUGGUUCAGGAUCAUCUGGCUCAUCAUCUACUACUACUAGUACUACUACAUCAGGAUCAACUGCCACCGGUAAUACUGCAUCAACAUCAGGAACUGGUUCAUCAUCUGGCUCAGGAGCAUCAUCUGCUGCUGCUUCAGGUUCAGGAUCAUCAGCCGCUUCAGGGUCAGGAUCAGGAUCAGGUUCAGGUUCAGGUUCAGGUUCAGGUUCAUCUACUGCUACUGGCUCCGGUUCAUCAGGAUCAUCAGCCGCUUCAGGAAACAGUUCUGGUUCAUCAUCAGGAGCUGGUUCAUCAUCUGGUUCAGGAUCAUCAUCAGGUGCUGCUGCUUCAGGUUCAGGUUCAGGUUCAUCUGGCUCAUCAUCUACUACUACUAGUACUACUACAUCAGGAUCAUCAGCCGCCGGUAAUACUGCAUCAACAUCAGGAACUGGUUCAUCAUCUGGCUCAGCUUCAUCUGGCUCAGGAGCAUCAUCUACUGCUGCUGCUUCAGGUUCAGGAUCAUCAGCCGCUUCAGGUUCAGGUUCAUCUACUGCUACUGGCUCCGGUUCAUCAGGAUCAUCAGCUGCUUCAGGAAACAGUUCUGGUUCAUCAUCAGGAGCUGAUUCAUCAUCUGGUUCAGGAUCAUCUGGCUCAUCAUCUACUACUACUAGUACUACUACAUCAGGAUCAACUGCCACCGGUAAUACUGCAUCAACAUCAGGAACUGGUUCAUCAUCUGGCUCAGGAGCAUCAUCUGCUGCUGCUUCAGGUUCAGGAUCAUCAGCCGCUUCAGGGUCAGGAUCAGGUUCAGGUUCAGGUUCAGGUUCAGGUUCAGGUUCAUCUGGCUCAUCAUCUACUACUACUAGUACUACUACAUCAGGAUCAACUGCCACCGGUAAUACUGCAUCAACAUCAGGAGCUGGUUCAUCAUCUGGUUCAGGAUCAUCAUCAGGUGCUGCUGCUGCUUCAGGUUCAGGUUCAGGUUCAGGUUCAGGUUCAGGUUCAGGUUCAGGUUCAUCUGGCUCAUCAUCUACUACUACUAGUACUACUACAUCAGGAUCAUCAGCCGCCGGUAAUACUGCAUCAACAUCAGGAACUGGUUCAUCAUCUGGCUCAGCUUCAUCUGGCUCAGGAGCAUCAUCUACUGCUGCUGCUUCAGGUUCAGGAUCAUCAGCCGCUUCAGGUUCAGGAUCAGGUUCAGGUUCAUCUACUGCUACUGGCUCCGGUUCAUCAGGAUCAUCAGCUGCUUCAGGAAACAGUUCUGGUUCAUCAUCAGGAGCUGGUUCAUCAUCUGGUUCAGGAUCAUCAUCAGGUGCUGCUGCUGCUUCAGGUUCAGGUUCAUCUGGCUCAUCAUCUACUACUACUAGUACUACUACAUCAGGAUCAACUGCCACCGGUAAUACUGCAUCAACAUCAGGAACUGGUUCAUCAUCUGGCUCAGGAGCAUCAUCUACUGCUGCUGCUUCAGGUUCAGGAUCAUCAGCCGCUUCAGAUUCAGGAUCAGGUUCAGGUUCAUCUACUGCUACUGGCUCCGGUUCAUCAGGAUCAUCAGCUGCUUCAGGAAACAGUUCUGGUUCAUCAUCAGGAGCUGGUUCAUCAUCUGGUUCAGGAUCAUCAUCAGGUGCUGCUGCUUCAGGUUCAGGUUCAGGUUCAGGUUCAGGUUCAUCUGGCUCAUCAUCUACUACUACUAGUACUACUACAUCAGGAUCAUCAGCCGCCGGUAAUACUGCAUCAACAUCAGGAACUGGUUCAUCAUCUGGCUCAGCUUCAUCUGGCUCAGGAGCAUCAUCUACUGCUGCUGCUUCAGGUUCAGGAUCAUCAGCCGCUUCAGGUUCAGGAUCAUCAGCCGCUUCAGGUUCAGGAUCAGGUUCAGGUUCAUCUACUGCUACUGGCUCCGGUUCAUCAGGAUCAUCAGCUGCUUCAGGAAACAGUUCUGGUUCAUCAUCUGGUUCAGGAUCAUCAUCAGGUGCUGCUGCUGCUUCAGGUUCAGGUUCAUCUGGCUCAUCAUCUACUACUACUAGUACUACUACAUCAGGAUCAACUGCCACCCGUAAUACUGCAUCAACAUCAGGAACUGGUUCAUCAUCUGGCACAGCUUCAUCUGGCUCAGGAGCUUCAUCUACUGCUGCUGCUUUAGGUUCAGGAUCAUCAGCCGCUUCAGGUUCAGGAUCAGGUUCAGGUUCAUCUACUGCCACUGGCUCUGGUUCAUCAGGAUCAUCAGCUGCUUCAGGAAACAGUUCUGGUUCAUCAUCAGGAGCUGGUUCAUCAUCUGGUUCAGGAUCAUCAUCAGGUGCUGCUGCUGCUUCAGGUUCAGGAUCAGGUUCAGGUUCAUCUGGCUCAUCAUCUACUACUACUAGUACUACUACAUCAGGAUCAACUGCCACCCGUAAUACUGCAUCAACAUCAGGAACUGGUUCAUCAUCUGGCACAGCUUCAUCUGGCUCAGGAGCUUCAUCUACUGCUGCUGCUUUAGGUUCAGGAUCAUCAGCCGCUUCAGGUUCAGGUUCAUCUACUGCUACUGGCUCCGGUUCAGGAUCAUCAGCCGCUUCAGGUUCAGGAUCAUCAGCCGCUUCAGAUUCAGGUUCAUCUACUGCUACUGGCUCCGGUUCAUCAGGAUCAUCAGCUGCUUAG